AUGGUUGCAAAGUACUCGACAAAGCUUCACUUUCUUCUGCUUCUGCUUCUCUUGUUUCUGUUAGCCCACUCUGCAACUCCAUUAUACUUCAAUUUCUCCAGCUUCACUUCCGACGACCGCGACACCAUUUUAUCCGAGGGCGAUGCUUAUAUGGAUACCCAGUUCCUCCGCCUCACCAAAAGCGCCGCAGACGACUUUAAAAAUGACAGCGUGGGCCGAGCCACCUACCGCCAACCCUUCCUCCUCGUCGAAAACCACACCGAAAAACUCGCUGACUUCACCACCACUUUCAGCUUCGCUAUCGACUCGGAACGCGACCCCAGCUAUGGCGACGGCCUCGCCUUCUUCAUAGCCCCAAACGGAUCCUUGCUCAACACAACACUAGGAGCUGGCAGCAGUCUCGGCCUCCCCUACAACUCCUCAUCUUCAAACGACACCGUUCUCAGGAAUCAGUACCCUUUUGUGGCGGUGGAGUUCGAUAUCUACCGGAAUCGACUGCCAACCUUUGCUGACCCCUGGACGGAUCACGUGGGUAUCGACGUCAACUCUCUCAACUCUAGCAUUACCAAACCUUGGGAAGGAGGUAUUCAGGAAGGAAAAACCAAUAGUGCUACCAUUAGUUACAAUUCCACUUCAAAAAAUCUGAGUGUUGCCUUCACUACCCUUGUUGUAGGCCAUACGAGUGAAACACAAGUGAUGAAGCAUUUUUAUUAUAUUAUUGAUCUGAAACACUACUUGCCCGACUUGGUCGUUGUUGGAUUCUCUGCUUCAACGGGUAGCUCAAUUGCUCUGCAUAAGAUCAUCUCAUGGAAUUUUAAUUCCACUUCACUAGGUGAUACAACGGACAACACAUCACCAAGCCCAAUUCCCAGGACUAAUCCUAACCGCAAGUCAGGAAAUAAGAGUAUACGACUAGGAGUGGGGUUGGGGGUUGGUGGCUGUGCUGUCUUCUUUGGUGGGUUAGGGUUGGUUUGUUUCAUCAUGUGGAAGAAGAGGGAAACAGCUGGUGAAAGUAGUGAUGAAGAUAUGGUUCAUGAAUUGAUUGAUGACGAAUUCGAGAAGGGGGCUGGCCCGAGGAAGUUUUCGUACAGCGAAUUGGCUCGGGCCACGAGUAACUUUAAGGAGGGAGAAAAGCUUGGAGAGGGAGGAUUCGGUGGGGUUUAUAAAGGCUUCAUACCAGACUUGCGGUCAUAUGUUGCUGUUAAAAGGAUAUCGAGGGGUUCUAAACAAGGAUCGAAGGAGUAUGCAUCGGAAGUAAAGAUCAUCAGUCGGCUUAGGCAUCGUAAUCUUGUGCAACUGAUUGGCUGGUGCCAUGAAAGAAAGUUCUUACUUGUAUAUGAGUUCAUGCCCAAUGGGAGUUUAGAUUCUCAUCUAUUCAAAGAACAAAGCUUGUUAACUUGGGAGACAAGAUACAAAAUUGCUCAAGGUUUGGCCUCCGGGUUGCUCUAUCUACACAAAGAGGGGGAGCAAUGUGUGCUGCACAGGGAUAUUAAAUCGAGCAAUGUUAUGUUAGAUUCGAAUUUCAACCCAAAACUUGGCGAUUUUGGGUUAGCUCGACUUGUGGACCACGGAAAACAGUCACAAACCACAAUCUUGGCUGGAACUAUGGGGUACAUGGCUCCGGAUUAUCUCAACACCGGAAAGGCUAGCAAAGAAUCAGAUGUCUACAGCUUCGGAGUUGUUGCCUUGGAAAUAGCAUGCGGAAGAAAACCUAUCGAUCCUAAAUAUGGAAGCAGUCAAAUCAAUAUGGUUGAGUGGGUUUGGGAGCUUUAUGGAGAAGAUAGAGUCAUUGAAGCAGCUGAUCCAAAACUAUGUGGAGAUUUUGUUAAGAAACAAAUGGAGUGCUUGAUGAUUGUUGGAUUGUGGUGUGCUCACCCGGAUUACAACAAGAGGGCUUCAAUACAACAAGCCAUUCAAGUACUUAACUUCGAGAUUCCCUUGCCCAUUCUCCCAUCAAAGAUGCCGGUGGCCACCUAUUUUACCCCUCCAAGAUCACUAUCAAUGUUUUCCACUGAUACUAGUGGUUCUCAAGGAGGUCAAACUUGGUCUCCAAGCAAAGAAACCCCAUUGGGGUUCGAUCCUGGGUGCCAUGGGGGAGGGGGAAUCCACCACAACUGUGGGAACCCAUUAGUCUACUUUAAUAAUUAUGAUAACUUGAUUCCGAAAUUAUAG